GAGCAGUCUGAAAAACAGAGUGGAGCCGAGGGGGCGGGCGCUGCUGAUGUUCCAAGAAGCCUUGCCUAUGGGAUUUUGAAUCUGUUUUCGGUACUUUGACAGAGGCUGGGCUGACAAUUAAAGUCAUGGCAUCUGGCAGCAGCUACUUCGAUAGCAUGGUGGAAGACGUUGAGAUAAUUGAUCCACCAAAAGGUGAAUCGACGAUGGAUUUGGGUGAAAUUGGGAAUGAUCCGACACAAUACCAACCAAAGUCCAAUGUUUCUGUAGUUAGCAACGUGCGAGAACUCCUGGAGUGUCCAGUAUGCUUGAAUGCUAUGUAUCCCCCUAUCCAUCAGUGUUCUAACGGCCAUACACUAUGUUCUGGAUGCAAGCCUAGAGUGCAUAACCGUUGCCCAACUUGCAGGCAUGAGCUUGGCAAUAUUAGAUGCCUUGCUCUGGAGAAAGUGGCGGCUUCUCUUGAACUCCCCUGCAAAUACCAAAAUUAUGGCUGUAUGGGUAUAUAUCCCUAUUAUUGCAAGAUGAAACAUGAAUCACAAUGUCCGUUUAGGCCAUAUAAUUGCCCUUAUGCGGGAUCUGAAUGUACCGUUGUUGGUGACAUUCCUUUCUUGGUUGGCCAUCUUAAAGAUGAUCACAAAGUUGACAUGCAUAAUGGAAGUACAUUUAACCACAGAUAUGUCAAAUCAAAUCCACAGGAGGUUGAGAAUGCAACUUGGAUGCUAACGGUUUUCAGCUGUUUUGGGCAAUAUUUCUGCCUGCACUUUGAGGCAUUUCAGCUGCAAAUGGCCCCCGUCUACAUCGCUUUCCUCCGUUUCAUGGGGGAUGACUCCGAUGCAAAGAACUAUAACUACAGCCUUGAGGUUGGGGCAAGUGGCAGGAAGAUGAUCUGGCAAGGUGUGCCGCGUAGCAUAAGGGACAGUCAUAAGAAGGUUCGUGACAGCUACGACGGCCUCAUCAUCCAAAGGAACAUGGCAUUGUUCUUCUCAGGCGGCGAUAGGAAAGAAUUGAAGCUCAGAGUUACUGGCAGAAUAUGGAAGGAACAGUAAGUUUUAUCUCUGCUAUAAUAUGGGUACUACCCUUAGUAUAAUUCAUAUAAAUAUUGUACUAUUUGCUUAGGACACCAGCUGUUUCUGUCUCUCCAAUCA